GGAAGUUCCAUGUCUGCUUCCCACUUUGGGUUGGGAUUCUGGGGAGCUGGAUUUCCCUCUUUCAGUCCUGAUCUGCUACCUUCUAUUCCAGCUGAGACCCCCUCAUCAGAGCCUAUAGGAAGCAAGAACACCCCUUCCGUAGAGCACCCAAAGUGUCCUGGGAGAAGACCAUGACUGGCAUGCAUGUGUGAAGCUGAUAAGUGACCUACUAUCAAUUCAGCUCAGGGUUCAAGCAUCUGGUGCUAAUUUACCAUACUUGGCAAGAUGAGGGAACGUGGUGUCCUGUUGGUGGUAGCUGUGUUCUGCCUCAUGCUCUCAGGGAUUCACCAGGUAGAUGCACAGGAUGAUUCAGCUGACCUGGUUUUCCUUAUUGAUGGCUCAAACAAUGUUGGACCCAGUGAUUUUCCUUUUAUUCGUGAUUUCCUGGUGAAUUAUGUUCAAAGGCAUAUGGAGGUGGGGAGGAGUCGGAUGCAAGUGGGAGUGGUACAGUAUAGUGAUGAUGUCAAAAUUGAAUUUACCUUGGAUGCGUAUCCCACUAAAGGCCAACUUAUAGAAGCUUUGAAGAAUCUUCGCAUUUUUGGUGGUGAAGAGGCGAAUUUGGGGGCUGCCCUUGAUUAUGUUGUGGAGAAUGUUUUCACAACAGCAGCAGGCAGCCGUAGAGAAGAAGGAGUUCCUCAGUCACUAAUUAUCAUCACUGCUGGACCAUCCAGUGAUGACUUCAGAGAGGCUACAAAUGCUUUGAAACUGAACAGCAUAAUCACCUUUGGAAUUGGGGUGGAAAGGGCUGACAUUGCUGAAUUACAACAAAUUGCAAGCAAUGAAUCCUUUGUGUUUUCAACUUCCCGAAUACAGGCUUUGAAUACCUUAGAGAGGGUCAUUUUUCCCUAUAUUAAUGGGGUAGCACAAAGGACUAUUGUCUUACAGUCCCCAACAACUAUUACAGAAGUUGACAACAAAAGAGACAUAGUAUUUCUGGUUGAUGGGUCCUCUGAUCUGGGAAGCGCCAGUUUUAAUGCUAUCCGUGAUUUCAUCACAAAAGUAGUCAACAGGCUGGAGAUUGGUCCUACGUCCAUGCAAGUAGCUCUGGCACAGUAUGGUCAAGAUGUGAAGCCUGAAUUCUACCUGAAUACUUACACCACCAAAAAAGAUAUAAUUGCACAGGUGAAGAAAUUGAAGUUUUUGAACAGCACACCCCUGAACACAGGUGCAGCCUUAAAAUAUGUGCAGAGAUAUUUCUUUGCAAGCUCUACAGGUAGCCGUGUUUUAGACGGUAUCCCCCAGUUACUUGUCCUUAUUUCUGGUGGGCCGUCAAAAGAUGAUGUUCGCCAAGUCUCGCUGGAAUUAAAACGAGGUAGAAUUCUGACCUUCACAUUAGGAGCCAAGAGAGCUGUACCAUCAGAGCUCCAAGGAAUUGCCUUUGAUCCAACUUUAGCUUUCCACACUAAUGAAUUUAAGCCACUUCUUCUGCAAGGUGUUCUUCCUCUGUUGCUGACUCCUCUGAAAACUCUCACAGCAACUGUUGUAGAGGCUCCUGCUCCAGUUAAUCCAAGAGAUAUCGUCUUCCUAUUGGAUGGGUCAGUCAACGUUGGAAGUGCUAAUUUUCCACUUGUGAGGGAUUUUCUCAUCAAUGUAAUUAACAAUCUUGGUGUGAGCAUGGAAGGCAUUCGAGUUGGCUUAGCCCAGUUUAGUGACACCCCCAGAACUGAAUUCAACCUAAAUUCCUUUACUUCCAAACCUGAACUUCUAAACCGUAUGGCACAAUUAAGGCUCCAGGGGGGCAAUGCCCUUAACAUUGGCUCAGCCAUCCAACAUGUACUUCAAAAUCAUUUCACAAGUAGUGCGGGCAGCAGAAUCGAAGAGAAUAUUCCACAGCUGUUGGUGAUUCUAGCGGCUGGAAAGUCCACAGACAACAUUCAGUCAGCUGCAAUCCAGCUCAUCAAUUCUGGGGUUCUGACAUUUUGUAUCGGGGUCGGGGGUGCUGACAAGGAAGAGUUGCAGAGAAUUGCAUUCAAUCAACAACUUGUUUUUGAGAUGGAUGAUUUCAGCUCCUUGUCUCAAUUAAGUCAAGAAAUUCUAACACCUUUAACCACCUAUUUUAGAGGGCCAGUUACAGAAGUGACUGUUACUACAGUUGACGAAAGUGCCAAGCAAGAUGUCGUGUUCUUGAUCGAUGGCUCCGAUGAUGCUAGAUCCAUUUUUCCAUUAGUCCAGUCAUUCCUACAGAGGGUGGUGGAAAGACUUGAUGUGGGUCAGGAUCGGAUACGUAUAGCAGUUGUGCAGUACAGUGAUACCGCCAGACCUGCAUUUCUUCUUAAUGCUCAUUCAGAUCGCCAGGCUGUACUUAAUGCCAUCCGAAAUUUAUCGCCCAUUGGAGGACCUUUAUUAAACACAGGGUCUGCUUUAGACUAUGCAACCAGAAGUGUAUUCAGCCGAUCAUCCGGUAGUCGGGCAGAAGAGGGAGUCCCUCAAUUCUUGAUCCUGCUUACAGCUGGCAAAUCUAGAGAUGAUGUCAGGAAACCUGCUGCAACACUAAAGUCCAGAGGUGUUGUCCCAUUCUGCAUUGGAACACGGAAAGCUGAACGGUCUGAGCUACGAGCAAUAUCUUUAACACCUGAUUUUGUCAUUGUUGUUCCUGAUCCCUCUGAACUGGAAAAUGUACAGCAAACCAUCUCCCAAAGAGUCAGCAAGAUGACCAAAGAAUCAGUAUCUACUCUCAUCCAAACAACGUCAGCUGGUGCCAGGAAAGAUAUUGUGUUCUUGAUUGAUGGAUCAGACAACGUGACACCUAACUUCAGAGCUCUCCAGACAUUCCUGCAGAGGGUGGUAGAAAGUCUUGAUGUGGGUCAAGACAAGAUUCGAAUAGCAGUUGUUCAGUACAGUGAAUCUCCCAGGCAAGCUUUCCUUCUUAACACCCAUCAAGACAGCCAAGGUGUGCUUAAUGCCAUCCAAAGACUUACUCCAAUUGGUGGAACUUCCUUAAAUACUGGUAAUGCCUUAGACUAUGUUACCAGAAAUGUCUUCACCAGAACAGCUGGUAGCAGAGCAGCAGAAGGUGUUCCACAGUUCCUAAUCCUUCUAACAACAGGCAAGUCCCAAGAUGAUGUCAGGAGUCCAGCUACAUCACUUAAGAGCAGCGGUGUCAUUCCAUUCGCUAUUGGAACAAACCGAGCAGAUAAAACGGAACUUCAAACUAUCUCAUUCAUGCCUGAUUUUGUUGCGUAUGUUCCUGAAAUCUCUCAGGUAGAGACUGCAUAUGAAACAGUCUCAGACCGAGUAGGUCAGCUGUCAAGGGAAGAAAUCACCACUCUGACACUGUCUGUUCCAACUGCUCCUGAGGGCAAGAAGGACAUCUUAAUCAUGUUUGACACUACUAACAUUGCUGGCAGAUUCUCCCUUGUGCGUGAGUUCCUCACUGGACUUUUUGAAGGCUUAAAUAUCGGUUUGGAUGCCACUCGUGUUUCUGUGGCUCAGAUGGGGGGUGACAGCGUGAAAGUUGAAUUCAAGUUUGACUCAUACCCCACCAAGCAGGAAGUGCUAAAUGCUGUGAAAAGGAUGAGAGUAAGACAGAGUAGGACCCUUGACAUUGGCUCAGCUCUGGACUAUGCUCGUGAGAAUCUCUUUACAGCAGAGUCUGGAAGUCGCAUCAGGGAAGGUGUCCCACAGUACCUGGUUCUUCUGAGUGCUGGAAAAUCCUCAACCAGCAUGAAUGAACCUGCAGCCAGACUAAGACAAGCAGGCAUUGCAACAUUUGCCAUCAAGACAUCUGAAGCUGAUGCUGAUGAACCGGGAAAAUUAAUUUUUGAUUUCACUACCUCUGUACAAUCCCUUUCAGAUCUGUCCGCGAUCCAGUCUCAGUUUGUCAAUACCCUGAAGACUGUUAAAGUGGAGACGACCGUAGUAACCUAUGAUGAAGACAGAAGGAAGGAUAUUGUUUUCUUGAUUGAUGGUUCUGAUGAUGCCAGAAGCCGCUUCCUAGCUCUUCAGUCCUUCAUUCAGAGGGUGGUCCAGAAUCUGGAUGUAGGCCAGGACAAGAUACGUAUAGCAGUAGCUCAGUACAGUGAUUCCACUAGACCAAGCUUCCAACUUAAUACCCACCGAGACCAACAAGGAGUAUUAGAUGCCAUCCAACGCUUAACUCCUAUUGGAGGCCCUACACUGAACACUGGGGCUGCUUUAGACUAUGUCACCAGAAAUUUAUUUACAAAGUCAUCUGGCAGUCGGGCAGAUGAGGGCGUUCCACAGUUCCUGAUUUUACUGACCACUGGUAAAUCAAGAGAUGAUGUCCGUAGACCAGCCACAGCACUCAAAGGCCAAGGGGUUAUUCCAUUUGCUAUUGGAACCAACAGAGCAGAUACCACUGAGCUAGAAACCAUCUCUUUUGUUCCUGAGUUUUCCUUUUCUGUUACUGAUGCAUCCCAGCUGACAAAUGUAUAUGAGUCUUUCACAAACAGAGUGUCUCAGCUUAACAAGGGAGAGGUGGAUAUUUUGGUCCAGCGUGGUCCAUCAGUUACAUCAGUUACUACCACAGGUGCCAAGAGAGAUGUGGUGUUUCUUGUUGAUGGGUCAAGGUCAGCUGUGCCUGAGUUCAAUAAUGUUAAAGAACUUAUCGGAAAAAUUGUAGAAAGGCUUGAUGUCAGUCCUGACAACACACGAGUGUCAGUUGUACAGUAUAGUGGUGACUCUAAGGUUGAAUUCUUGCUUAAUGCUCACUCCACUAAGGAUGAAGUUCUUGCUGCAGUAAGGAGGGUAAAACCUAAGGGUGGAAAUGUUAUCAACACUGGAGGUGCCCUUGAGUAUGUUUCCAAAAAUAUAUUCACAAGGCCAGCUGGAAGCAGAAUUGAGGAGCAAGUCCCACAAAUUCUUAUUAUAACUUCAUCCGGGCCUUCUGCUGAUGAUGUCGGAGAGGGUGCAAGGCAAGUGAAAGAAUCUGCUGUGGUUCCUUUAUUGAUUGGAAAAAACAUAGAUGAAGAAGAAAGCAAUAAGAUUGUUGUGGCUCGGAAUUUUUUUACACCAGUCACCAGCUUCCGCGAGUUACCAGCUUUGGAGCAAAACCUUGUCAACUCUUUUACCACCCUGACUACAGAAACAAUAACAAGGCUUUAUGAAAGUGGCAAAGGAGCAGCUCCUGAGGGCAAGAAGGACAUCUUAAUCAUGUUUGACACUACUAACAUUGCUGGCAGAUUCUCCCUUGUGCGUGACUUCCUCACUGGACUUUUUGAAGGCUUAAAUAUCGGUUUGGAUGCCACUCGUGUUUCUUUGGCUCAGAUGGGGGGUGACAGCGUGAAAGUUGAAUUCAAGUUUGACUCAUACCCCACCAAGCAGGAAGUGCUAAAUGCUGUGAAAAGAAUGAGAGAAAGACAGAGUCGGACCCUUGACAUUGGCUCAGCUCUGGACUAUGCUCGUGAAAAUCUCUUUACAGCAGAGUCUGGAAGUCGCAUCAGGGAAGGUGUCCCACAGUACCUGGUUCUUCUGAGUGCUGGAAAAUCCUCAACCAGCAUGAAUGAACCUGCAGCCAGACUAAGACAAGCAGGCGUUGCAACAUUUGCCAUCAAGACAUCUGAAGCUGAUGCUGAUGAACCGGGAAAAUUAAUUUUUGAUUUCACUACCUCUGUACAAUCCCUUUCAGAUCUGUCCGCGAUCCAGUCUCAGUUUGUCAAUACCCUGAAGACUGUUAAAGUGGAGACGACCGUAGUAACCUAUGAUGAAAACAGAAGGAAGGAUAUUGUUUUCUUGAUUGAUGGUUCUGAUGAUGCCGGAAGCCGCUUCCUAGCUCUUCAGUCCUUCAUUCAGAGGGUGGUCCAGAAUCUGGAUGUAGGCCAGGACAAGAUACGUAUAGCAGUAGCUCAGUACAGUGAUUCCACUAGACCAAGCUUCCAACUUAAUACCCACCGAGACCAACAAGGAGUAUUAGAUGCCAUCCAACGCUUAACUCCUAUUGGAGGCCCUACACUGAACACUGGGGCUGCUUUAGACUAUGUCACCAGAAAUUUAUUUACAAAGUCAUCUGGCAGUCGGGCAGAUGAGGGCGUUCCACAGUUCCUGAUUUUACUGACCACUGGUAAAUCAAGAGAUGAUGUCCGUAGACCAGCCACAGCACUCAAAGGCCAAGGGGUUAUUCCAUUUGCUAUUGGAACCAACAGAGCAGAUACCACUGAGCUAGAAACCAUCUCUUUUGUUCCUGAGUUUUCCUUUUCUGUUACUGAUGCAUCCCAGCUGACAAAUGUAUAUGAGUCUUUCACAAACAGAGUGUCUCAGCUUAACAAGGGAGAGGUGGAUAUUUUGGUCCAGCGUGGUCCAUCAGUUACAUCAGUUACUACCACAGGUGCCAAGAGAGAUGUGGUGUUUCUUGUUGAUGGGUCAAGGUCAGCUGUGCCUGAGUUCAAUAAUGUUAAAGAACUUAUCGGAAAAAUUGUAGAAAGGCUUGAUGUCAGUCCUGACAACACACGAGUGUCAGUUGUACAGUAUAGUGGUGACUCUAAGGUUGAAUUCUUGCUUAAUGCUCACUCCACUAAGGAUGAAGUUCUUGCUGCAGUAAGGAGGAUAAAACCUAAGGGUGGAAAUGUUAUCAACACUGGAGGUGCCCUUGAGUAUGUUUCCAAAAAUAUAUUCACAAGGCCAGCUGGAAGCAGAAUUGAGGAGCAAGUCCCACAAAUUCUUAUUAUAACUUCAUCCGGGCCUUCUGCUGAUGAUGUCGGAGAGGGUGCAAGGCAAGUGAAAGAAUCUGCUGUGGUUCCUUUAUUGAUUGGAAAAAACAUAGAUGAAGAAGAAAGCAAUAAGAUUGUUGUGGCUCGGAAUUUUUUUACACCAGUCACCAGCUUCCGCGAGUUACCAGCUUUGGAGCAAAACCUUGUCAACUCUUUUACCACCCUGACUACAGAAACAAUAACAAGGCUUUAUGAAAGUGGCAAAGGAGCAGAAGCAGAUGAAGAUAGGAAAGAUGUGAUCUUCCUUAUUGAUGGAUCAUCAAAAACAGGUCAAGAUGGCAUAGCUCACAUUCGGGACUUUAUACUAGAGGUUGUUCAGAACUUCCAGAUUGGACCAAAUAAAGUGAGGGUGGGGCUGGUGCAAUUUAGUAAUGAACCUGUAUCAGAAUUCUUUCUCAAGACCAACUUGCAAAAAAAAGCACUGGUUAAUAACAUUCGACGCCUGAGACUCAAAGGAGGUGGCCCACUGAACAUUGGAAAAGCAGUGGAGUUUGUAGCGAAGAAUCACUUUGUGAAGUCUGCUGGAAGCAGGAUAGAAGAAGGAGUGCCCCAGUAUCUUGUGAUACUAACAGGUGGAAAGUCAGAGGAUGAUGUGUCGGGAUCUGCCAGACUACUUCAGAAUGCUAAGGUACAAUCUGUGGCUGUGGCAAGUGGUACCACAGAUCGUAAAGAAAUUGAAAACAUUGUCAGUGACCCACGACUUAUCUUUAACAUCAAAGAAUUUAGAGAACUUCCAACAAUUGAAAGGAAGAUAUAUGGAUCUUUUGAAGGCCAAAUAGUAGUUUCUCCAACACCAACAAUAACCACAAUAAAUGGCAGGAAAGAAGCAGACAUUGUCUUCCUUGUAGAUGGAUCCAUUAAUUUAGGAAGAGAUAACUUUAAGGAGGUCUUGGGGUUUGUUUCUGGUAUAGUGGAUGCUGUGUUUGAUGAACAAGAUGCAAUCCAGAUUGCUCUGGCACAGUACAACUCUGAUGUCACAGAUGAGUUUUUCUUGAAGGAUUUCACUAACAGAGACGAGAUCAUGGACGCUGUUACCAAAGCUGAGUAUAAAGGAGGGCGUGUAGCAAGUCUAGGUGCUGCUAUCCGUCAUUUGCAGAAUAAGCAUUUUGUAAAAGAAGCAGGCAGCAGAAUUGGCACUGGAGUCCCUCAGAUUGCUUUCAUUGUCACGGGAGGAAAAUCAGUAGAUGAUGGCCAGACUGCAGCCCUUGCUUUGUCCAGUAAAGGUGUCAAGGUAUUUGCCAUUGGUGUGGGAGCCAUUGAUGGUGAUGAGAUUGCCAAGAUUGCAAGUGAUGCACCAAGCGCUUUCAGAGUCCCUAAUGUUCAAGAACUGUCGGAACUGAAUGAGCAAAUCCUCAUUACUCUUGACACUGCUCUGACUAAGCAAAUGACUUUAUGUCCAAGUGUCACAGGCAUCACAAAAGAUUGCAAACUGGAGGUGAUUUUAGGAUUUGAUGUAUCUAAUGCGGGUCCUGGGCAAGAUGUCUUCUUGGUUCAGAGAGCACUGGAAUCCAAAAUGAAAGGAAUUCUGUCACGCAUCUCCAACAUGCGUAACAUCAGUUGCACUGGGGGACAGAAGCCCUCUGUAAAAGUUUCUGUCCUUUCACAGGGAAGUAGGGGGGCAGUUGAAGCUUUUGACUUUGCUGAAUAUCGUGAUGAGCUUCUCAACAAGAUAAUUGCCAUGGGAAACCGUGGACCAUAUGUUCUGACAAGUAAAACUCUCCAGUCAUAUAUGACAAAAUUCAAGACGGCAGGGGAAGACAACACUAUAAAGGUAGUAAUUCACAUGACAGAUGGUGCUGAUGCAGGGAUGGCUGAACUUCAGGCAGCAUCAACAGCUCUCAGGAAUUCUGGAGUCAAUGCUCUACUCUUUGUGGGGCUUGAAAAUGUUGCCAAAUUUGACCAAUUGAGGCAUUUGGAGUUUGGCCGUGGAUUUACUUAUGACAUUCCCUUGACAUUGAGCCAAGAAACUCUUGAUUUUGAGAUUGUUGAAGAAUUGGAUAAAAUUACAGAGAAGGGUUGCUGUGGGGUACCUUGCAAGUGUACUGGCGAAAAAGGAGAUGUGGGACAGCCUGGAGAUAUUGGACCAAAGGGGGCAUCAGGACUAAAAGGACACAGAGGUUACCCAGGGGAUGAAGGAGGACCAGGAGAACGUGGUCUUCCUGGUGUCAAUGGAACUCAGGGUUUCCAAGGAUGUCCAGGUCGAAGGGGACCCAAGGGCUAUCGUGGAUUCUCAGGAGAAAAGGGUGAAAUAGGAGAGAUUGGCCUGGAUGGUAUUGAUGGGGAAGAUGGAAAAUCAGGUCUUCCUGGAACUUCUGGAGAGAGAGGCAGCCAAGGAGGGCGGGGCGAGAAAGGGCAGAAAGGGCUGAGAGGAGAGAUUGGAGACUCUGGACAGCGAGGGGAUCCUGGCAAUCCUGGAACUGACACAACACAGAGAGGGCCAAAAGGAGCCAAAGGGGAGACUGGAUCUGUGGGAGAGCCUGGAGGUGAUGGUUCGGCAGGAACUCCAGGAGGGCCAGGCAAAGCUGGUCCAGCAGGUAGAAGAGGUCCUCCAGGCCUCGAGGGUGAAAGAGGAAAAGAUGGAACUCGAGGUGGGGCAGGGGAACAAGGUGUAAGGGGACCUCAAGGUCCACCAGGACCACAAGGAACUCCAGGCACUAGAGGAGAGCAAGGACUUCCAGGACCAAGAGGGCCAGGUGGCACUCCUGGAACAAUUGGUGAUAGAGGCAGACCUGGACAGCUCGGAUUUAAGGGUGAACCUGGAGAUCCUGGAGUCAAGGGAGCUAUUGGACCUCCUGGACCACGUGGGCCAACAGGAGAAGAUGGACGGGAUGGAUCUGGAAAACAGGGACUCAAAGGCAGAAGAGGAGAGACUGGAUUCCCAGGAUACCCUGGACUAAAGGGAGAUUUUGGAGAGAAGGGAUCCAAUGGAGGGCCUGGACCUAAGGGAAAUAGAGGUGUUAGGGGUGUGCCCGGACCCAAAGGUACAGAUGGAACCAAAGGAGACCCAGGAUACCAAGGGCCAAAUGGGUUGAAGGGAGCAAUCGGAAAACCAAGAGAGGCAUGUGAACUGGUGAAGUAUGUCAAAGAUAAAUGCCCUUGCUGCUAUGGUCCCAAGGAAUGCCCUUUGUAUCCCACUGAUCUUGUAUUUGUUGUUGACACCUCAUCGGAUGUUAAUCGUAAUGUUUUCGGCAAUAUGAAGACUGCACUGCAAAAUACUAUUAGCCAGCUGGUCAUUACAGACAGUAAUUGCCCCAGAGGAGCCAGAGUAGCCCUUCUCACCUACAAUAGUGACGUCACCACUGAAAUUCGGUUUUCUGAUGGGCUGCGCAAACCUGCCCUACUGCAAGAAAUAAAAAACAUCCAGUUCAAACAAACAACCAAGCAACGCAACCUAGAAGCAGCCAUGUCAUUCGUUGCACGAAACACAUUUAAGAGGUCACGUGGAGGAUUCCUAAUUAGAAAGGUGGCCGUGUUUUUCAGCGGUGGGGCAACCAAAGCUUCCCCGCAACUUAAUGAAGCCGUCUUAAAACUCUAUGAUGCUGGAGUGUCCUCUGUCUUCCUCACCAACAGGGAGGACAGGGCACUGACAAAUGCUCUUAAAGUAAACAACACAGUCGUUGGACAGGCCAUGGUGCUUGGUGCUGCUCAAGUUAACGCUACUGUAAAAUCCCUUCUUAACUGCCACAUCUGCCUAGAUGUGUGUGACCCUCAGAGUACAUGUCCUGGAAGUUCUGCCGGUAGUGCUUUUAGAGGCCGACGUUCAGCCACCACUGACUUAGACAUUGACUUGGCUUUCCUGCUGGACAGUUCAGAAUCCACCACACCGGAGCAGUUUGCAGAAAUAAAAAGAUUUGUUUCCCAUGUGGUUGGCCAUUUGGAGCUCAGUACAGAUCCCAAAUCAUCUUACCACCAUGCAAGAAUAUCUGUACUGCAGCAUGCCCCUUAUGAGCACCUGACCAAUGCAAGCAUUUCCCCUGCUCGGAUAGAUGUUGGCCUUACUGAUUACAACUCAAAGGAGUUGCUUCAGGACUUUAUAUUGAACAAAAUGACCCAGUUGUAUGGCACAAGGUCACUUACCAAUGCCAUCAAGUAUGUUCAGCAAUAUGUGCUUGAAAGUGCACCCAACCCUCGUUCCAUAAGGACCAUCUUUCUCAUUCUCACUGGAGAAGUGAAGAGACAUGAAUUGAAGCAACUCCGUGAAACAGUUGUUGAGGCUAAGUGCAAGGGUUUCUUCAUUGUCAUUCUAAGUUUGGGGAAGAAAGUAAAUGUUGGACAGCUGAACUCUUUAUCAAGUGAACCUCAUGAUGUCUUCUCCAAAAAGGCAGAUAAACCAUCUGAAUUGCAUGAGGAUACCCUUUUGAGGUUUGGGCUGCAGCUACCAGGAUUCCUUAGCAGUGAGAAUGCUUUCCAUCUGUCUCCUGAAAUCCAAAGGCAGUGUGACUGGUUCCAGAAUGACCAUCCAGUCAUAACUAUAGAGAAUGAGAGGCACAAUGAACGUACGAACACCACUAUAAAACCAGAUGAAAUGCUUUCUAGUCAACACCCUAAGAUUGGGACAAUUCUGGCAAGCACAAAAACACCAACAGAACCUGCCACUUCACUGCAAGAUGUAGAAAUGCCAACUGCUGAGCUGAAGGUGUCUGAUGUGACAGUAAACAGUGCAACCUUGAACUGGACAAGUCCUAUUUCUCAGGAAUCUCCCCUUUAUGAACCAACUCUCUCAGCACUGGAAGGCCAAGUUGUGACUCUCAAGCAGAAUGUUUCUGAAGUAGAUAAAAUAACUGCAGGACUGGAUAAUGAAGUGAGAUACCAGACAACUGUUACAGAGCAUAACAGACAUCUUGAGCAGAGUGCCCAUCAAGAAACAUUCACCACUGCAAGUAAGGCCCAACUCAAGCCAAUAGUAUCGGCCAGUGCAAAAGUAGUUGUGAGCUCAGAAACAGCCAAUGUCCCAGAAACAGCAGAUCCAUGUGAACUAGAAGUGGACAUGGGGCACCAGUGCAAAGAGUAUGAGGUUAAGUGGUUCUUUGACAAGACAAACAAGAUUUGUACCAAAUUUUGGUAUGGUGGGUGCAGUGGCAAUAUCAAUAGAUUUGACACAGAAGCUGAAUGCAUCAGCAAGUGUCAGCAAAUAUUGGUUGAGAAAGCUCUGCCGACACCAGUACUGGAAGUAAAGAAACUAUCAGGACCCCAAGUGUGUAACCUGCAUAAAGAAGAGGGAACCUGUAGAGAUUUUGUCUUGAAAUGGUAUUAUGACACAGAAACCAAGAGUUGCACCCGGUUCUGGUAUGGUGGCUGUGGAGGAAAUGAGAAUCGGUUCAGCACACAGAACGAAUGUGAAAAGACCUGUACACCAGUCCCUCUGAACUCCAGCAUGGUUUCUGCUAUUGGUACAUAAGAAGACUGGCUACUUACCUCUCUAUGGGAGAUAGCCCAGAAUGCACUGUCCUUUUUUCACAUUCAGCCCUUGCCAGCCUGUCCUUGACCACGGGGUGGAAGAUGCUAAAAUGGUUUAUCAAUAUGGUGCUAAUUUGUCUGCGGACUUGGUGAAUACUGUGGUUUGUGCCCUCAACUCUUUCAUGGCUGAAAAGAUACACGUACCAGUUCCCCCAGCCCUGUGGAGUGAUACUCUACCAGUCUCUACAGCUCUUAAAGGGUUACCUAGCAAUUUGAUUUCCCUCUGUCAUAAAACAGUAGCUAGCACAAGAUGAUAUAUAUAUUUUAGGGCACCCCAGCUAAGCUACUAUAAAAAUACCCACUGCUAUUUUACACCCGCAUUUGCCUCAUCCUAGGAUAUAACAAUUUUUGGUUGGACACUUUAUAUAAAACACAAUGCCUUUGUCCAAUUAAUAAAGAGUUGAAUGGGCAUUUCAUGAAUGUUUAGCUUUCCCUCCCAUAGCCCUAUGUGCCUGCAUUUUUUAUACGCUGGUUGUUUCUAGUUCUGCAAGUCCAUCGAAAAGUGAAGGCUUUAUGCCUGGCACAUAUAACCUAACAGCACUGAGCAGGUUUACAUGGCAAUGAAAGUGUUAAGAGCUUUAGGAUUUACCACUUCUUAUGUGGAAGAAUAUUUUUCUACAACCGCAAGGUGAUCAACCCAUGUGAAAUGAUGCAACUUUUCUGCAGUUUUUGUUUUUUUACUUUGAUGGAUAUUUUUUUUUUAAACUUGGAGUGGGGGGGUACUUGUUUUAAAGAAACAUUGAGAUGAACGUGAAUGAAUAAAGGCUGAUGAGGUGCCCA